AUGUCCAAUACGCCGAGCAACCCGAACCAAAGCACAGGCUGUCCUUCUCAUGCUUCCCCCUCCCUGUAUCCAUGGUUCGAAGGUGGCAGCCAAGCAGCUGCCACCAAACCUGCUGAGUGGUUGACCGAGUACUCGAAUAUCACACUCCCAAAUGCCCUCUUGUCCGAGGAAGAUAUGCGCCCUCUUGCUUGCGCUGCAUGGGCCAUCGUUCUGGCACAGUACACUGGAAGAGAGACUGCUUCUUUUGGCGUCAUCUUUCAUGGGGUUGAUAAUCGAAGCUCCACAGAAGCCUGCACAGUUGAUUGCGAGAGCAAACUCACUGUGAGUGAUCUGAUCACACGUGCUAAAAACCAGGCCAAGGAGACUCAUAUGUGCCGUGAUGUCGAAAGUUUCCGAAAUCACCUGUUAUUCACUCUUCGGCCAGCGAGCGAGAUUAUCGAAGUGGAUCGCCUCCCUCUGUCUCCACCAGAUGGAACUGCCUUGAUCUUCUGCAUUAUCUUGGAAGGGAACCAUGUUUCUUUGAGAUCUGAUUUUGAUCCCCAAGCUGCUACACAAGUGGAGAUUAGACGGCUCAUGAGCCAUUUCUCGCAGGCAUUCUACCACGUCAUUUCUAGUGAGCCACAGACUGUAGCUCUUGGUGACUUGAGCCUCUUUACACCAGAAGACAAUGCACAGUUACAGAAGUGGAAUCCCCAAGCUGCAGAGCCUAUAAACAACUUCCUCCACACUCUCUUCCAGGGGACCGCAACUUCCGCCCCAGAAAAGCUGGCAUUGCUUUACUGUGGAAAAGGAACUACCUACGAAGAGCUCGAUGUCGCAUCAACCAAUCUGGCCUUUCAGAUCUUGCUUGUUGACGAUUCACUUGGUGGAAGUGUUCCUAUCUGUAUGGAAAAAUCACCAGAAAUGGUCAUUGCCAUGAUCGCUAUUUUGAAAGCAAACAAGGCUUUUGUCCCCAUUGAUCCAACUUCCUCAAAAGCACACUGUGGUUUUAUCUUGGAAUCUUUGCAUUCAAAGGUUAUCGUUCUUUCGGGAAGCACAGAUGAGCUAGGGCUGUUUGAUUCUGGUGUGAAUAAGUUGGUAGUCAGCCCAUCGACUGUCAACACGAAACCGGCAUGUCAGACCACCCAUCUUCCCGCGGGCAUUGACCCUGCUCAGCCAGCAUAUAUCCUCUUUACCUCCGGCAGCACGGGCAUUCCCAAAGGUGUCAUCGUCGAGCAUCGAAAUGUAUGCACAUCCAUGAAAGAACUCGGAAGACAAUUCGGUAUAAACACAGAAACUAGAAUGCUUCAAUACGCCUCUUUCACCUUCGACCCCUCCAUGUUGGAGAUUUUUGCAACACUUUUGAACGGAGGAUCUGUUUGUAUACCCACGGAGGCAGAACGACUAAAUAACAUCCCCAAAUCGAUCAAAGAAAUGGAAGUCAACACGCUCGUCGCUGUUCCAAGUGUCUUGAAGUUACUAUCCCCUGAAGAAAUCCCGACUGUGAAGACAUUGGUGGUUGGAGGAGAGAAGCUGACACAGUCACUCAUUGAAAUUUGGGCGGAAAAGACACAUCUCAUCAAUGCUUAUGGUCCCACUGAGACAUGUGUUUGUUCACUUGCCAACCUACGAGUUUCGAAAGGAAGAUUUGGAGACCAUAUUGGGACUUCAAUUGCCUCUCGUGCUUGGGUUGUGAGCCCAAGUAAUGAGCGCCACUUGAUGCCUAUCGGUGUCAUUGGUGAACUCUGGAUCGAGGGCCCUACUGUUGCCAGAGGAUAUCUCAACGACUCGGUGGCGACAGAAGCAAGCUUUGUUUCAUCGAUGCCAUGGACCGAUAGCGACGUCAUUACUAGAGCCUUUCGAACUGGCGAUCUAGUGAGAUAUCUUCCUGAUGGGGAGCUGAUUUUCCUAGGACGCAAGGACAAUCAAGUCAAGAUAAAUGGUCGUCGGAUUGAGUUGGAAGAGAUUGAAGUUUACAUUUCUCGGUCUUCGCUCGUUGCCAGAGCCAGCGUGCAACUUCGGAACAUCGGUUACUCGGUCGUUUUGGCUGCGUUCUUGGUACCACAGGAUGCAACGACAUCGGAUGACGAUGUUUGCAAGCUUCUCCAUGACUCUGAAUAUGAUCUUAACCCUCUUCUAGAUGACCUUCGGGAUCAGCUGCCGUCUUAUAUGGUUCCUGAGUAUCUGAUACCAGUCAGUUGUAUCCCGAGGAUGCCGUCCGGUAAAGUCGACCAGCACACUCUAACAUCAAUCCUCGAGCAAGUGCGCUUUGAUCAACAUCGUUUGUUGGAUGUUGGUAAAAAUGAGGAAAACCAAGAGCUUUCAGAAAGCCACAAUACUAUGAGAGAUCUCUGGGCCAAAGUGCUAGAUAUCCCCCACACCUCCAUCCAGGCCAGUGAUCGAUUCUUGCACCUGGGUGGCAACUCGAUCAAAGCGAUGAAGCUUGUUUCGGAAGCCCGCGUCAAUGGUCUAUCUUUAACGGUCGCACAAUUGCUCAAGAACUGCACAAUCGAUGAACUCGACCACAGUCGGGAGGUCGAGCCGGUAACUGAGAAGGCAGCGAGACCGAGUUCUGAAUUGCAAUCUCUAUCGCCGCAAAGCUACACACCUACAUGGAUCCAGAUGGUUUCUGUGACCACUGUUGCUGGGUUUCCGGAAGGAAACUAUAUUCAUGUUGUCGUGGACCUCAGAGGACGCUUGGAUUUGGUUCGUCUCAGAGAGGCAUGUCAAUCUCUGGUGCAGAAGAAUGAAAUUUUGCGCACUCAAUUUAGACUUAAGAAUGGUACUGUUGAAGCCAUUGUCCAGGACGGGUCGCAGGUGCCAUUCUUGCAUUUCACUUCUCAUUCAGAAGCACUGGAGCACUGGGAGUCUUUUCCGUCAAACUGUUUCGAUCGGCAGCUUGCGACGUUCUCCUACGUGGCCAUGGAUGACGAUUCGACACACUUUGCAAUGGGUAUUCAGCAUAGCCAGUAUGAUGCAUGGUCUAUUACACUCCUGCUUCGUCAGCUGCAGAGCAUCUACCACGGCCAUGAGGUCUGUCCCGGUCCACCUUUCUCGGUGUUUGCAGCAACAGUGCCUCAAGCGACAAAUCCUGAAGCGGAAAGAUUCUGGAAAGAGCAAUUAGCAAACCUUCCCAUGACUCUACUGAGCGACAGCUCCGCUGAAGGCGAUGAGCCGGACAGAAAGUUCCAGAAGUCCCUCAGAAUGUGGCCGUCAGGGUUCACUUUUGCCACUGUGAUAUUUUCUGCAUGGGCCCUGGUCUUGUCAAAACAUGCCAAAACAAGGAGGGUUGUUUUCGGCGGAGCCGUCAGUGGAAGGAACAUCGACAUGGAAGGCAUUUUGGAUGUUGUUGGGCCAUGUAUCAACAUGCUCCCGUUCCCCAUUGACGUCACCAAGUGCGACACAUAUCUCGAGGUCUUGCAGAGUGUGCAGAAUGUCAUGAUAGCCACUGUCCCGUACGAAUCCAUGCCUAUGCCAGACAUUAUCACGCGCUGCGCAGAUUGGAGUCCCACGGCUGUUUUCGGGUCUAUCAUUCAGCACCUCGAUAUUGCCUUUGAUAUCCCUGCUGUUUCACAAGCACAGUCUGAUGAAGAUUCUGGCAGGCUGGAGUGGAAUUAUCUGGAGAUGAAGAAAUGUUAUGGACGUUGUCGGGCUACGGACAUCUAUGUAAUCUCAACAGUUUCGCGGGAGGGUUUCGCAGAUGUACAGUUCAAGUUCAAUCCGUCGCGCAUUUCGCCGGACUUGGCUAAUGUAUUGUUUGGUGAUCUUUGCGGAAACAUCGAGGCUGCCCUGCAGAGUCCAGAGCAGAAGAUAUCGAGAGAGCUUUAA